CUCCCCUGCUCCUCCCCACCCCCCCCACGGGCCGAGAGAAUAUACGAGUCCUUUUGUCCCCCCGCACCGCCGUCCACCACGGUCGUCCCUCUCCAACGCCACCUCCUCUCCCUCUCUCUCCCCCACCUUUUCUUCUUCUCUUUGCUAAAUAAAGCGCACCCGAAGAAACCCAUUUCCCCUUUCUCUCUCUCCGUCUCUAUCCGUCUCGAUCGAGUCUCUUCAAGAGCAACCCCGCCCCCUUCCCACCGGCGGCGGCGACCAGCGGUCAACGGUACCGGGCGGUCCGUGAUCGGCGGAUCUCUCCGUGCUCAAUCGCGGUUCUUGGUGUGGGGAUCUUCUCCAUCUAAUACGCCGGUCGGGGUCCGGGGAGUCUGUUUCGGGUUUGGACAGAGAGCUGUGUCCCCUGUUUGAUGGGAUUGAAGAAAUCUAGUUCAUGGUCUUUAAUUCCUUAAGAGUUGUUUGGGUAUAACCCUCUUGGUUAUAAGAAUUGUGUAAAGCUGAAGAUCAAGGACGUGAUCAAAUAUGAAGUGUUUUAGCAUUUAUAUUAUAUAAAUUGUUAGAAAAUGGAUGAGGAUGCUAAUUCCUGGAUAAGGAGAGCAAAAUUCUCUCACACAGUUUGUCAUAGGAUAGAUUAUUCAAGAUUAGCCUCGAUUCCCUUUACAAUUGAAGCAGAUCGGAUUCCUGAACUGAAGUCACGGCCAACACGAGCAGUCUCAAGCCAGAAGCCCAGUUCUAGUGGUUCACAGAUUCAUAGAAAUCCACUUACCAAUAAACAGAGAUCGUUAUCCCCACUUCCAGCAACAGUCCUAUCUGAUGUGUUUAAGGAAGCACGCUCGGAUAAAAAGAGAUUUUCAACUCCCUUCCCACAGAGGAAAGAAGCUGAGAAGGGUAUGAGGGGAAAACUAUUGCGCAGGGAAUCCCAUGAAUCCAAGGCCCGGAAUUCCAAUUCAUCAUCGAAUAGUAGCCCACUGAGGCAUUUUGCUUCAAUGAAACACAAUGACAAAGUUAAAACUAGGAAGGAUUCUGCCUGGACUAGAUACUUUGAUCAUUCUGGGGGAAGGGUUAUGGCUGUUGAUGGAACAGAUGAAUGGAUUGUGGAUAUGUCUAAACUAUUACUUGGUCUCAGAUUUGCUCAUGGUGCGCAUAGUCGGCUUUAUCAUGGGAUAUACAAGGAUGAACCUGUUGCUGUAAAGAUAAUUAGGGUUCCAGAUGAUGACGAAAAUGAAGUCUUGGCUACAAGAUUGGAAAAACAAUUCACUAGGGAAGUAACUCUUUUGUCCUGUCUUCACCAUCAGAAUAUUAUAAAGUUUGUUGCCGCAUGCAAGAAGCCACCAGUUUAUUGCAUCAUAACGGAAUAUUUAUCAGAAGGUUCUUUGAGGGCAUACUUGCAUAAGCUUGAAGACAAAUCGAUCCCCUUGCAAAAGCUUAUUACAACAGCCCUUGAGGUUGCUCGUGGAAUGGAGUAUGUUCAUUCACAAGGGGUCAUUCAUCGCGACCUCAAACCAGAGAAUAUCCUAAUUGAUCAGGACUUCCACAUGAAAAUUGCUGAUUUUGGCAUUGCUUGUGAUGAGGCUCACUGUGAUACUUUAGCUGAUGACCCAGGAACUUACCGGUGGAUGGCCCCUGAAAUGAUCAAACGCAAAUCUUAUGGGCGAAAGGUUGAUGUUUAUAGUUUUGGUCUUAUUUUAUGGGAAAUGGUGGCUGGCGUAAUCCCAUAUGAGGACAUGACUCCCAUACAAGCUGCUUUUGCAGUGGUUAACAAGAAUCUGAGACCAGUAAUCCCGAAGGAUUGCCCACCUGCACUGCAUGAUCUCAUUGAGCAGUGCUGGUCCUUGCAACCAGAGAAGAGGCCCGAGUUCCGCCAGAUUGUCAGAGUAUUGGAACAGUUUGAGGUUUCGCUUGCUCGUGAUGGAACACUAAAUCUGAUGGAGAACGUAACUUGCCAAGACCACAAGAAAGGGUUGCGUCAUUUGAUCCAAAAGCUCGGUCCGCUGCACCAUAAUAUUUCAUCCGCUCCUAAACCAAAGUUCACAUGACUCUUCUGAGCUUGCCUCGGACUCGAUGCGCAUGAAUUUUACUCUUAAGGCUUAAAACAAUUAUACAGGUGUCAACUCCAUCCGGGAUGAAGUCUGCUUGAGCCUCUUUGAUGGGUAGACUUGUAUGAAUGUAUUAAUUUGUAAAGGCCCUUCCCGUAGAUUUUACAGAUAUGUAUGAUUGGAUCAUUGGUGUUGGAAAAAUGCUGACAUAUAAAUUUGUCUCGGCAAUUUUUAAAGCCCACUUCUGUUUCUUUGUU